GGAAUUAUAACCAACGGGUCUAUCAGACCUUUGUGAACACUCUUGAAUCUUCACCUCCUCGCUGGAUAUUUUUGACUUUCUGGCGAGCACGCCACAGACAAAUACACUAUGGAAGAUGGAAUUAUUCUGAAUCUGGCGACUGAAGGCCCAGAGCUCCCUACGAAGUCUUCACAUGGAAGAAAUGGAAAGAAAGGUGGUCGGUGGACAGACAGGUGCGUAUCACCUCUUAUUCUGUGUACCACGCUCGAUAUACGGUCUUCACGUAGGUUGAAAGCCAAGCGUGGACAGAAACGAAAAGCAAGGUCAGAUGAGAGCAGUCUCUCUACUGGUCGCACAAAGGUCCCUUCGACAGGACGGCCUCUCAAACGCGCUCGUAAAGAACCUUCAGCUUUACAAGCUGAGGAUGCAUCUACUCAGGAGCCGAUUAAAUCUACCCCUCGACCACAUACACAAUUCAUAUCCUCCCUAUUCACCUCCAAUCCAAAGCUGGAACAGCCAGUGCCUUCUGUUUCUUCCCAUCCCUCUGCCAAGCCAAGCAAUGCGCCUUUACGGGACUCUUCUACAUUUUCUGGUCUCGGGCUCGACCCGCUAAUAACGGCACAUCUCGAGACCAAAUUAAACAUAAAAAAACCUACGUCUAUUCAAAGAGCGGCGCUGCCUAUAUUACUCUCGAGCUCUGAUGAAGAUACCUCCUCACGAGAUGUGUUCAUACAAUCUCAGACUGGUUCCGGGAAAACAUUCUCAUUCCUACUACCCAUCAUUCAAGACCUACUUCCAUUGAGCUCCCUGUCGUAUAUUGAUCGGUCCAUUGGAACUUUGGCAAUCAUCAUCGCACCAACACGAGAAUUAGCCAAGCAAAUAUCCGAUGUACUAGAGUCACUGCUCCAGCUUCGUCUUCGCGCCGCAGACGAAUCAGCUGAAGAUGCCGGAUCUUCUGCACCACGUCUCACUCGUUGGCUCGUCUCUGGCCUCCUAUCAGGAGGCUCAACGCGUACGCAUGAAAAAGCACGUCUCCGAAAAGGCCUUCCCAUUCUUGUCUCUACACCAGGACGAUUACUAGACCAUCUACAAAAUACCUCUUCUUUCAACGUGGGUAAGUGCCGUUGGCUCGUACUCGACGAAGCCGAUCGAUUGAUGGACCUCGGUUUCGAGGAGAGUAUCAACGGUAUUGUGAAAGGUCUGGACGGCCGACGGAAGCUGGCUAUGCAAGCAGUGGAGGAAGGUAAUAGUAUGGAAGUCGGUGGAUGGGAUUGGUCACGACAGAGACGGACUAUCUUGUGUUCUGCAACAAUACGAGACGACGUGCAGAAGCUGGCUGGUAACGCAUUGGUAAACCCAAUCGUUAUUAAAGCUCUCACGGACGAUUCUUCCUCAAACCCUGAUGUCGCUACUGGAGAGUCACUGGGUGACGUCGUCAAUGGAAAUACCAAGUUCACGCCACCGUCGCAACUAGCUCAGAAAUACGUCGUCGUUCCGCUGAAACUUCGUCUGGUUACUCUCAUUGCUCUUUUGCGUUCGCUCCUUGCUGAAGCGCAAGGGCGAAAAGGCACCAAAAUCAUCGUCUUCUUAAGUUGUACCGACUCUGUCGAUUUCCAUUGGCACCUCUUAGGCGGUACUUCGAUGGGUGAAGAUGAUGGAGAAGCCGCUUCACCUAAUUCAGAAAACGAAACGGAGGCAGCUGAAGCCGCCGACGUUGAUGAGGAAGGGAAACCAAAGCCUUCAAAAGCGUCACGUCGCCCCGAUGCAGAAAAGGUCACAAUGAAAUCUACUCUCCUCCCAGAUACCGCCAUAUAUCGUCUUCACGGUUCCUUACCCUUGCAGACCCGCAUGGCGUCUCUACGUGGGUUCGCCUCAGCGUCUUCCCAACCCUCUACGUCCUCAUCGAUUCUUCUAUGCACAUCUGUCGCUUCCCGCGGUCUUGAUCUUCCUCUGGUCAGAGCCGUCAUCCAAUAUGACUUACCUACUGAGGGUGGCGCGACUGAAUACGUUCACCGUGUCGGCCGUACUGCACGUGUAGGAAAGGGUGGUGAAGCUUGGAGUUUUGUUGCACCAAGUGAAGGCGAGUGGCCCAAAUGGGCGACCCAGAAAAUGCAAGGUGAUGUGAAGGAAGAGGAGAAUAAGAAGGAGGUUGGGUUGCAGGCGGUUGGAUCGGAGGCGGUCCUGAAGAAGGGUUUCGGAGGGAAGGGGACAGAGUACGAGGAGAGAGCAACGGACGUGCAACUCUCAUUCGAGCGAUGGGUUCUGAAAAACCAAUACCACGCUGCGCUCGCUCGGAAAGCAUUCUUAUCGCAUAUACGAGCAUAUGCUACCCACCCCUCAGACGAGAAACACAUCUUCCAUGUGCGACAUUUACAUCUGGGACAUCUUGCCAAAGCCUUUGCUUUACGUGAAGCCCCUUCAGCUGUCACGAACAAGGCUCACGGAAAGGGAUCCAAAACAAAGUCGAAUGUGGCUACCAAUAAGAGCAAAAACAAUCGAUCGAAGGUGGUCGACUCCGAUGGAGAGGUUGACGUUGGAGAGGCCGAGAAACGGAUGGAGAAGGUUGUAAGGGAGCAAGGUCGCUUGACGAAGAAAGGAGGGAAAGUGGUCCGUACGGGAACUUCAGAGUUCCAGAUUGCGGGAGGGUAUGCCCUCGAGGCGUUAGUGAACGGAUCGCGAACAUGACUAUCCCUCGCCUUCAUACAUUUUUUGUUGUUCAAACGUUCAGACUCCUUAGAAGUGCUCUCAUCGCUUGGCACGGUCUUAGACACACUUGGAAGUCUUUACGCGAUACCAGACAGCAUCAGAAGUAGCUCUCGCAACCAUUUGUCAAUGAUUGUCCCCUUACAAAACGCUUCCAUGUUCUACUUCGCGGAAUCAUAGAAAUGUUGCAUAUAUAUAGUUAUCUUCCGAAAGACUGAUAGAGGUACACAUCAUACUGCUACUGGUCAACGCCAACCAACUACCUGCAAAUAAAAUGAGUGAGAGCGU